UGUGGCAAAUAUGUGACGGUGUCUUUCGGGGAACUCGGUGCUUCUUGCUGCUAAUUUGCCUGUGACACCCUGAUUGGAGCACGGCCGGCAAUGGGCAGCGCCACCGAGCUCGGAUCCCUGAUAAAGGCGGAGCUGGCGAGGCGGAGUGUGAAGCCGGCGCUCCGAGCUGGAGGCGAGGGCAUCGGGUACCGACGCUUGAACUUGGUUUCUGCACCGGCGCUGCUGAGGUUCGCUGAGUUAACAGAGACUGAAACGUCUCGUCCGGCAGAAGCAGGGAGUUUGCAUUAGUUGAGAAGUUUGCAAAGGCACAGACAGUGAUGUCUCUCGCAGUGAAGGAAAGGAGCCAGGUGCGGCUGGUCUUCCUUGGGGCAGCUGGGGUGGGGAAGACUUCACUGAUCCGGAGGUUUUUACUGGAUACCUUCGAUUCGAAGUACAAGCGGACAGUGGACGAGCUUCACAGCAAAGAGUACGAAGUGGGGGCGAUGAAAAUCAAAAUCGAGAUCAUGGACACGAGCGGCAGCUACUCUUUCCCGGCCAUGAGGAAGCUCUCCAUCCAGACCAGCGAUGUCUUCGCCCUGGUCUAUGCUGUAGACGAUGCUGAGUCGUUCCAAGCUGUGAGAAGCCUGAGGGACGAGAUCCUGGACAUCAAGGAAGAUAAAUACACCCCUAUUGUGGUGAUAGGCAAUAAGACGGACAACCUGAGCGACAGGCAGGUGUCGAGCGAGGAGAUCAUGUCUCUGGUGGAGCUGGAGUGGAACAGCCGGUACCUCGAAUCCUCGGCCAAGGACAACGCCAACGUUGUGGAAGUUUUUCGGGAACUCCUGCAACAGGUCAACUUACCGAGCCGCCUGAGUCCCGCCUUGCGGAGAAGACGGGAAACUUUCCCCAUGGGGGACAAAACCAGGCCUCCCAUGAACAAAACCAACAGUUGCCUCAUCUCCUAGGCGCCAGUCUCGGUCUGGACAGACUCCUUCCACCUGGACAGACUCCUUCCACCGACCCGAUCAAAAAGGCUGUAAAACGCCGGCGCUGCUCGCCGUGCUGAGCUUGAAGGACUCCGUCUCCAAAUUGGAGAGAACUGUGCAAGGGAACUUCAGAGGUGCUGAAGAAGUGAGGGCGAGCAUUCGUGGCACAUCGAAGUCUCUUUAUUUUUGUUACUUUAAUUGCGUUGACAUUUGAUUUUAAUGAAGAUGCUGAUGGGAACAAUUGAUGUAUAUUUUAAGGUAAAUUCCAUUGCAAGCUUGUAUCAGUGAUAUCUCUUAUGAUUUAACACUAGUUGUUUCAGAUAUAACGAUCAGUCCUUGACCUGCUGUAACAGUGCAGCCUGAUAGCUUUGUUUACAGAGUUCAAAUCCCUGCAUUGUUUGCUAAGGGUAUUAACAGUUAUUUGUACUUCCAAGUUAUCAAAUCUUAAUGUUACACUGUUACCGAGAAUUAAUAUUCUUUUGUACUUAUUUUAUAAAGUAGAAUAAAGACUAUAUCCGGAACAAUU